ACGUCAAAGCAGUUCACAGAAGUACGACGUUUAGGCUCCUUGUAGGUUGGGGAAAUCAGGGUGUAUAAAAACGUUUGAGGUGGUUCCUGAGCGCACACGGUUUAAAGGAAAACAGUGCCCAGCGCCUCUCCUCCAAUAUGGUCUGUUUUGUAUAAUUGAGCGGCCUGAGAUUCUCCUGCUCCUGAGGCCUGCUGCUAGGAUGGAUCUCGUUUCCCUCAUCUCCUUUGACAGUCGCCCCACUUCAACUUCAUGGAAUAAAGGAAUACCCCCACCACUGUCAGAAGCUUAGGCUUUUUGGCCAGAGGAAUAAAGUCUUCUGGGGCAGCAGUCUUCUGGGGACACUCAGCAGUGCUGUGGGCAUUGGGUUAAGGUCCUGACUCUCCAGGAGCAAAAGAAUCAGUAGAAGGAGGAAGAAGUUACAGGAUUUCGUAUCAGCAUUUCUUGGGACACACUUGAUUGAAGACAGAACAGAAUUUAGAGCAGAUCCAGAAGACACAGUGACAGAACCUCUCUGUUGCCAGCUGUUUUCAGAAAACAGAAGAAAAUGAUCGAGGCCCAGGAAACCCUGACAUUUGACGAUGUGGCUGUGGACUUCACGUGGGAGGAGUGGCAGUUCCUGGCCCCUCCUCAGAAGGACCUGUACCGGGAUGUGAUGCUGGAGAACUAUAGCAACCUGCUGUCUGUGGGUUAUAAAGCCAGCAAACCAGACAUACUCUCCAAGUUGGAUCAAGGAGAACCAUGGACGAUGGAAGAUGAAAUCCACUGUCGAACCCAUUCAGAAGUCUGGAAAGUUGAUGAUCACCUGCUGGAGCACUUACAAAAUGAGAGCAUGGAGAAGAGACUAGAACAAUGGCACAAACAGAACCCACUGGAAUAUUCUGUUCAUCGGAGGAGAACUCAUUUUCUGUUCAGGCAAAAUCAUGGUAUGUUUGACUUACAUGGAAAAAGUAUGAAAUCAAAUUUAACUUUACUUUCCGAGAGCAGGAGCUAUGAAAUAAAGAGCCCUGCUGAGUUUACUGGAGAAGUCAGAUCCUGUCUCCAUGCUGACAAUGAACAAUUUCAUACUGAAAUUAAAUUCCCCGCAAGCCAAAAACUCAUCAGCACUAAGUCCCAAUUCAUCAAGCAUCAGAAGACUCAAAAAAUAAAGAAAUCUCAUGUAUGUGGUGAAUGUGGGAAAGCUUUCAUCAAGAAGUCUUGGCUCACUGAUCACCAGAAUCUUCAUACAGGAGAGAAGCCCCAUCGAUGUAAUCUAUGUGGGAAAGCCUUCUUCAGAAAGUUCAAGCUCACUGAACAUCAGAGAACGCAUACAGGAGAGAAACCUUAUGAAUGCACUGAAUGUGGCAAAGCCUUCCUCAAGAAAUCAGGGCUCAGUGUCCAUCAGAAAACCCAUACCGGGGAGAAACCAUUUAUAUGCAGCGAAUGCGGAAAGGGCUUCAUCCAGAAGGGGAAUCUUAUGGUGCAUCAGCGGAUUCACACAGGCGAGAAACCUUAUAUAUGCAAUGAAUGUGGAAAAGGCUUCAGCCAAAAGACGUGCCUCACAGCACACCAGAGAUUUCACACAGGAACGACUCCCUUUGUGUGUGGGGAAUGUGGAAAAACCCUUUCCCAGAAGACAGGUCUCAUUAAACACCAAAGGACUCACACAGGAGAGAAACCCUUUGAAUGCAGCGAUUGUGGGAAAGGCUUUAUCGAGAAGCCACAGCUCGUUAUACAUCAGAGAAUCCAUACAGGGGAGAAACCUUAUAGAUGUAGUGAAUGUGGGAAAUCAUUCAGAGGGAAGUCAGUCCUCAAUAAACAUCAGAAAACUCAUUCAGUCAAGGUGGAAAAUCCUCCCUCAGAGGGUCACAGGUCCUCACAGAGCAGUGUUGUCCUCCAAGAGAAAAACCUUAAUACAGUGACAAUGCAAGUACCUUCUGUGGUCCCUCAGACAUCAGUCAACAUCAGUGGGCUCCUAGCAAACAGGAAUGUAGUCAUAGUGGGACAGCCUGUGGCCAGAUGUGCACCCACAGGAGACAGCAGAGGGUUGGCACAGGAGAGAACCCUUAUGAAUGCAGUGAAUGUGGUUGUGCCUUCAGUGGUCAAUUAUAUUUUAUUUUAUGUCACAGAAAACCAGUAGGGAAAAAAAUUAAGACAUUCUCUGAGGAAAAGGGUUGAGCGAAAAUUUCUAGUUCAUAUGGUGGCUGAAAAGUAUACACUGAGAGAAACUGUAUAAAUGCUGAGACUGGGAACACAUGACCUACUCAUCCAAUUACGUAUAUGCCUUGAUACUGAGGCAUAAUCUGAUGUUAACCCAAACACAUACACGUCAAUUGCUCUGUUGUGUCAAUUAAAUAAAUGAAGGAAGCCUGAGUUCAACUAAGUGGAGGAAAUAAGGAGGUGAAUUUUUUAAACAUAUAAUUUGUUUCUGGAAGGUUGCUAUGGAGGAAAAAUCACAGGAGGGCUAAUAUUGGAUUGGUGGGCUAUGGGGCGUGUAUAUAUCAAUUCACUUUCCCCAGGCCAAGGUGAACGAUGAAUCUGAAACUGUGAUGUCUUCCUUAAACUUUCAGCAGUUUAUAUUAUGCAGAGGUACUAAUGAAACAACAGCCUUAGGCUGAGUCAGUUUGGUCUUUCACAGAGUAUUUGUCAAAUACGUCCUUGG